CACACACCAUACACAGACACGCACAAAUCGCUGUACCCCUCAUCCCAUCCACCCAGGACGGUCCCCUCCCUCGACAAGUGAGCGUCCCGGGCGUAGCCAACUAGUCAGGCCAGGAGCGCAGCGCCCACUGCCCUGGGGCACCCACGCGUAGCCGGAGCGACCGCUGCGACUGCAGCUGGACAGACAGUCCCAGCCCCCGGGACCUCGAGCAACCCGCCCCCUCCCCGCCCUGCCGGCCGCGACCAGCAGAGCCGCCACCCCCUCCAAACUCCAGGACCCCCGCCACCCCUAGGAAAGAAGGCGACACAGGGCAGAGGAGCAGGACGCCCGGCAGCCCGAUUCCCCCGCAAGCUCGCAGCGUCCGCUUGGUGUCGGGGCCGCGAUCACCCGGGAAGCCCGAUGCCAGCGCCGCGCGUCGGCUGAGAGGGGACAGGGCCGGCUUCGCCCGCUCGCCCGGAAUCCGGUCUCCGCAGCGGCUGCGAGUCCCAGCUGGGGCCCCGCCGGCCCGGGAGUGAGCAGCAGCGACAGGAGGACCGAAGCGGCCGACCGGGGGUUGGCCCCGUCUAGGGAAGGAGGGACGGAGCGGGAGGAGGGCACAGGGGGCGGGGAGGGGACCCCGGAGGAGAGAGAUGGCAAUGUCUCUCAUCCAAGCGUGCCGCAGUCUGGCUCUCUCAACAUGGCUGCUUUCCUUUUGUUUCGUGCAUCUGCUCUGCCUGGACUUCACCGUGGCGGAGAAGGAGGAAUGGUACACCGCCUUCGUGAACAUCACCUAUGCGGAGCCGGAGCCCGGGGCCGCGGUUGCGGGCGGCGGUGGCGGCGCCGAGCUGCACACGGAGAAGACCGAGUGCGGACGGUACGGCGAGCACUCGCCCAAGCAGGACGCGCGCGGCGAGGUGGUCAUGGCCAGCUCGGCCCACGACCGCCUGGCUUGCGACCCCAACACCAAGUUCGCCGCGCCGGCCCACGGCAAGCACUGGAUAGCCCUCAUCCCCAAGGGCAACUGCACCUACAGGGAUAAGAUCCGGAACGCUUUCCUGCAGAACGCCUCGGCCGUGGUCAUCUUCAACGUGGGCUCCAACACCAACGAGACCAUCACCAUGCCCCACGCAGGUGUGGAAGACAUCGUGGCUAUAAUGAUUCCUGAGCCCAAAGGGAAGGAGAUAGUAAGCCUGCUGGAAAGGAAUAUCACCGUGACCAUGUACAUCACCAUCGGAACCCGGAACUUGCAAAAAUAUGUGAGCCGCACGUCGGUCGUGUUUGUCUCCAUCUCCUUCAUUGUCCUGAUGAUCAUUUCCCUCGCAUGGCUGGUCUUUUAUUAUAUCCAGAGAUUUCGAUAUGCAAAUGCCAGGGACAGGAACCAGCGCCGUCUGGGAGACGCAGCAAAGAAAGCCAUCAACAAGCUCCAAGUCAGGACCAUCAGGAAGGGCGACAAGGAAACAGAGUCUGAUUUUGAUAACUGUGCUGUCUGCAUCGAAGGGUACAAGCCCAAUGAUGUGGUGAGGAUCCUGCCUUGCCGGCAUCUUUUCCACAAGUCCUGUGUUGACCCCUGGCUUCUAGACCAUCGCACCUGUCCCAUGUGCAAGAUGAACAUUCUUAAAGCCCUAGGGAUCCCGCCCAAUGCCGACUGCAUGGACGACUUGCCCAUUGAUUUUGAGGGCUCUCUAGGAGGCCCACCAACCAAUCAGAUCACAGGCGCCAGUGAUACAACAGUAAAUGAGAGCUCAGUCACUUUGGACCCUGCUGUAAGGACAGUGGGAGCCCUACAGGUGGUCCAUGACACAGACCCUGCACCCCAGGAGGGAGAAGCCAUCUUUACAACUAACAGUGACCAGGAGCCAGCAGUGAGCAGUGACUCCGACAUCUCAUUGAUUAUGGCACUGGAAGUGGGACUUUCUGAUGUAGAACUUUCCACUGACCAAGACUAUGAAGAAGUGAAAUCUUGAAAUGGUAGAAACAGACAAAAGGAAACACAGGACCCAGGGGACAAGAAGGAAGCAUGCUCCAAGACUUGAACUGGGUCCACAGCCUUCAGCUCACCAUGGUAACCCCCGGGCACUCUGUUCAAGAGUGGUAACGAAAGCAAUAUCCAAAGUCUGCAGAACCAGGAUGUGGGUUCCCAUCUCUGCAACAAUCUGUGGCCUUGGUGUGGAAGUUGAAAGCUGGCUUCCUCCAUGUCAGCGCAGACACGCAGCAGAAGGUCCUGUCGCAGACUGGAAGGAGACCUUUAUGGCUUCUUUCAGCUUCUCCCAUCUUCUUGUUCGUUUGAAGAUGGUUUCAAUCCCUGGCAAUUUCUUUUUAAAGAUGAUGUGUAGUUUACAUCUAUUCCUUUGUUUUCUCUUUGAUUCACUCCAGCCCUUGUACAGAGAUCUGUUUAGAAGUCUUGGUUGCUGCUCCAAUGAUCAGUUUGUACCACAUCUCUGAGAUUUAUAGUCAUGAGCUCUCAGUAUGAAGUGUGUAUGACUUUGAGAAUUGCCUCAGCACCCUGAAACAGUGGAAGGCCGGAGUUUAUCAAGUGUCUAACUCCCUCCUCUAAGAGGGUCUUGACGAGCCCAGCUGCCAGAGACAGUGACAGCAAAUUCUGGAUCUACUGCGUCCAUUGCUCAUUAUUUUCACCUACAUCGUGUAGGCCUCUACUUGCUGUGCUCUGACCAGGGCCCCCUUGGCGGAGAGAGCUAUCAGGGAAGAGGGUGGUUCAUCUGACUUCAGGGUCUUACUCUAAAACUCAGAAGUUCCCCACAUUGCAUGAACGCCAAUGCUCAGAGUGUGUGGAACUGUAAGCCUGGAUUAAAAACCUGAUACCCCGUCUUCCCAGGGAUAGGAAGAUGCCUGUCUCCCUGGUUACCCCCAAGGCCUCAGCAGUUUAUCACCUUUGUAAGUGAGUUCUGUGGGUGCAGGCUCUAGAGAAGACGCAAUCGUCGUUUUUAGGUCACUGGCAUCCAGGUGUAAACUAACUUCUGGUUCUGUUCUGUUAAUCCUCACCAGCCUACAUGGAAAGCUCUAAAUAAAUCCUUAGCAGUUUGUAGCUUGGGUCUUCCUGAGAGCAUCCUGGUACCAAGAGAGGAUGAGGUAUGAUUUGAUAAGGUCUGAGCCAAAAAGUAUGUCAUGGGGAAUUGCUAAAUCGAGUUUCUCCUGAUUAUGAGAAACAAAUAAGAUAAAAAAAAA